AUGCCAGGUCAUUCUCGUGCUUAUCGUCUCAGCUUUUCCUAUCGAAUACGUGAUAUAACCUUCAAAUCAUUCGUUCUUGCAUCGUGUCUCGGCGGAAUUGGACUAACCGGUUAUAUAUUUUACAAACUUGGCUCUCACUACCUCUUUGGUAACAAGACUUACAAACUUCAGCGAAAAGAGUACGCUGAAGCACUAUUAGAAAAGGAAAAACGUGAAAAGGAGCUAGGCCUGCGUGACUAA